AUGUCACUGCCACAGCCCCUUCCACGUGUUCCAAGCACGGACGAAAUUGUUCCAAUCAUGCAACGUAUAAUAGAAAAGCAAAAUUCCAUCCGGAACCUUAUCCUCCAAACUACCACCCCAGAUACUGCAACAUUCAGCAACGUUAUGCUUCCUUUGGCUCAAGUGGAGAAUGAAGUUCAAGGCGAGCACGGCAUGAUUGAAAUGCUCCAGUAUGGAUCUCCAUCUCUCACAACUCAAGGCGCAUUCGACGAGGCCCGGAAGAUGUACCUGGAAGCAUCGGGACUGUGGACUGCCGAUGUAUCUUUCUUUAAACUUCUCCAGGCGGCGAAGGAAGAGCCAGGAUUUGAUUCAUUGGACAAAGAGUCGCAACACUUGCUGGAAAAAGAGCUGUUGUGCUAUAAGCAUGCUGGACACGGUAUCUUGAGUGAUACGCAGUUAGAGGGGUACCGAACAGUGAGAGUGGAAAUUGAGGGUCUAAAAAGGGCAUUUCAGCAAAACCUGGCUCGAGAGGCUGGAGGCGUUAAUUUCACCGUCGAGGAGCUAGAUGGGGUGCCACGUGAGGAGUUAGCAAAAUGGAAAGAGGAGAUUCCAGGGGCAGGAGUUUUCUUUAUUCCAUUUGUCAACGGAGGAACUCGAGCUGUGCUGACAUAUGCUCGUUGUCCGGAGACUCGAAGGAGAAUGUUUCUCGCAAACAAUCGGAAGCUGAAGGAGAACCAACCGCUAUUUGAAGAAAUAAUCAAGCUUCGUUCUCAACAAGCGCGAUUACUGAACUAUUCGACGCAUGCGGACUUCAGGAUCGAGACACGGAUGGCAAAGUCUGUGGAAUGGGUGAAGGAAUUCCUGAAUGACUUACAGAUGUCACUUGUUCGUUAUGGUCGCGAGGAGAUUGCAGUGUUGCAAGAUCGACGAAUGAAGGAUUUGCGAACGAGUGAGCACUAUAUACACAGACUGGAAAAGGGAUUUCCUCCAUGGGACGAACAGUACUACAAGCGUCUCGUGCAAGAAGAGUUUGAAGUUGACCAGCACAAGGUCUCCGAGUUUUUUCCCUUGGAGCAAACUGCAAUUGGCAUGCUGGGGAUUUUCACCUCUUUGCUUGGACUUCGAUUUGAUCCUAUCCCGACAGAUAUCUUGACUGGGGAUCUCAUCUGGCAUGAUACCGUGCAAGGCUUCUCUGUGUGGGAUAUGAGCGAUAAUGGGUUCAUCGGAUACCUCUACUUUGACUUGUUGUGGAGGGAGAAUAAGUAUCGUGGCAAUCAAUGCGUCAAUAUCCAAUGUGGCUAUCAGCGGCCGGAUGGAACACGGCAAUUCCCGUCGACUAUUCUCAUGUGCUCAUUUCCAACUCAAACCGCGACUAGUUGUGCAUUGCUCAAACAUCAUCAAGUUGUCACUCUUUUUCACGGCAAGUCAAUAGUCCAGUUGGGUCAUGGGAUCCAUGAUCUCCUAGCAAGGACCAAUUACACACAUUUCCAUGGAUACAGAUUACCCCCGGACUUUGGUGAGAUGCCAAGCACCCUACUUGAGAAUUGGUGUUGGAUGGAAGAUGUUCUCCACCAACUCAGCUGCCAUUACACCACCCUUGAUGCAAACUAUCUCAAGGGAUGGCGAGAGCAACACCCUGGCGAGCCGGACCCACCAAAGAAACCCCCGCAUGGCUUGAUCGAGAAUCUCGUGAAACAUCGAUAUUCUCACAAGGGGCUUUACUAUUUACACCAACUGUCAGUUUCGAUAUUUGAUUUACAGAUUCACUCUGUAAAGACCGAUGAGGAUAUUGCCAACCUCAAUAUCCAGACUCUGUGGUAUGAUCUCCGUGAGGAGAUAGAAGGGAUGGAUUUUUCGGAUUGCAGAGAUGGGUUUGAGUUUGCGUCAUUCAGUCAUCUCACAGCUGGUUAUGAUGUGUGCUACUAUGCUUACUCAUGUUGCAACGCCAUGGCCCAGGAUGUGUUUCUCUCUAAAUUUGCGGAUGACCCACAUAAUAAAGCCAACUGGGAAAAGUAUCGACGUGGUAUUUUGGAGUAUGGUGGAAGCCAGAAGGAUCUAUUGGGGAUGUUAGAGGCUUUCCUCGGGCGUCCGGUAAACAUGAAUGCGCUUGGCGAAAGGUUAUCACGGGCGAAGAAUCAGAUUUAG